AUGUCUGUUGAAGUCACCCCGUCUAAGCAGGCCGCUGCUGCCCUCGACUCUUUCAAGAUGGAGUCCCCCGUCAAGAAGCUCAACUUCAACGCCGCCGACAAGGAGAACCUGCCGCUUGCUGCCGACGUUGCCACCGCAACCGAAAACAACGACUUCCAGACCAAGCCCACUCAGGAGAUUGCGAAGCAACAAGCAAUGCCCGCCGUCGCCCCCGGCAUCAAGGAGCAGGAGUUUGACGAGCCUUUGCUCCAGGAGAACGGCCAGCGCUUUGUUCUCUUCCCCAUUAAAUACCACGAGAUCUGGCAGAUGUACAAGAAGGCUGAGGCCUCUUUCUGGACCGCCGAGGAGAUUGAUCUGUCCAAGGAUCUCCACGACUGGAACAACAAGAUCAACGAGGAUGAGAAGUACUUCAUCUCGCACAUCCUCGCCUUUUUCGCCGCCUCUGACGGCAUCGUCAACGAGAACUUGGUUGAGCGCUUCAGCGGCGAGGUCCAGGUGCCCGAGGCCCGUUGCUUCUAUGGUUUCCAGAUCAUGAUGGAGAACAUCCACUCCGAGACCUACUCGCUGCUCAUCGACACCUACAUCAAGGAGCCCGCUCAGCGCACAUACCUCUUCAACGCUAUCGACACCAUUCCCUGCAUUCGCAAGAAGGCCGACUGGGCCUUGAAGUGGAUCAGCGAUGAGAAGUCUUCUUUCGCCCAGCGCCUGGUUGCCUUUGCCGCCGUCGAGGGCAUCUUCUUCAGCGGUGCCUUUGCCUCCAUCUUCUGGCUCAAGAAGCGCGGCCUCAUGCCCGGUCUGACCUUCUCUAACGAGCUCAUUUCUCGUGACGAGGGUCUGCACACCGACUUCGCUUGCCUCCUGUACUCCCACCUCAAGAACCGUCCCAGCAAGCAGGUCAUUGAGGACAUCAUUGUCGAUGCUGUCAAGAUUGAGCAGGAGUUCCUGACCGAGGCUCUGCCUUGCGCCCUGCUCGGCAUGAACUCCAACCUCAUGAAGCAGUACAUUGAGUUUGUCGCCGACCGUCUCUUGGUUGCUCUUGGCAAUGACAAGGUCUACAAGUCUUCCAACCCGUUCGACUUCAUGGAGAACAUCUCCCUAGGUGGCAAGACCAACUUCUUUGAGAAGCGUGUUGCCGACUACCAGAAGGCUGGUGUCAUGAACAGCACCAAGAAGGCGCAAGAAGAGCCCACCGAGGGCAAGGGUGAGAACGGCGGUGACUUCGUGUUCGAUGAGGACUUCUAG